GCAGAUGGAUCCGCAGAAAAUCCUAUUAUCAACGUCUGCUGAUGGGGACUCAGUGACUACAGAUCAGAGCACUCCCUGUGCACCCCAGUUUGAGUUCCCUUUUUUUAACUGGAGGAUUUUAUUCAUCACCGCUCGGAUCAACAGAACUGAUCUUUCCAAUAAGCAGAUUUGAUAUAUCUGACCAUGUCUACAGAUAAGAAGCCCAAAAAGAAGAAGCAAGACUCUGUCCUGUCCCAGACCAAUGGCGCAGAGGCCAAGCCAAAGAAAACCAAGAGCAAGAAGAGUGAAGUCCUCUCAGAAGAGGAUGAGAGCACACCAUCUCGAAGUCCAGCCUCAGAUGAUGAAGAUGAUGAUGAAGACGAGGAAGAGGAUGAAGCCCCUCAGAAAAAGACCAAGAAGAAAGCCACCAAAGAGAGCACCCCGACAAAAGACAAGAAAUCAAAGGCCAAAGAAGACAAAAAUGAAUCUGAUGCUAAAGGAAAAUCAGCAAAGUCCAAAAAGAACGAACCAGCCUCCAUGUUCAUGAUCAGUGGAGACAAGUCAGAUUUCAACAGCAACAAGAAAGUGGCCAAAUCUGACAGCGACGACAGUGAACCUGAGAGCAAAUCCAGCAAGAGCAAGAAGAAAUCCACAGCCAGUGCCGACGCAGCCUCCAUGUUCCAGACAGGGAAAGACAAGGACAAGGACAAGAAGGGGACAAAGAAAGGAGCUGCCAAGGCUGAGGACAAUGAAGAGGAGAACAAGGACACACAGAAGAAGAAGAAGGGAAAAGGAAAAAAGGGGAAAAAAGAGGAGGAGAGAGCCCCCUCGCCUGUCAUCGAGUUUGACAACCUGGAGGAGUUUGUGCUUCAGCCGGCGCCCCAAGGCAUCACCAUCAAGUGCAAAGUGACGCGGGACAAGAGGGGCAUGGAUCGCGGCUUCUACCCCACCUAUUACCUUCACCUGGACAACGAGAAGAAGGUGUUUCUAUUGGCUGGGCGAAAGCGCAAGAAGAGCACAACUUCCAACUACCUGAUCUCCAUAGACGCCACAGAUUUGUCACGGGGUGGAGAAAAUUACGUUGGGAAGCUGAGGUCCAAUCUAAUGGGGACCAAGUUCACGGUGUUUGAUAACGGGCUGAACCCUGACCGUGCACUCCGUGACCUGUCCAACGCUAGGCAGGAGCUUGCAGCCAUCAUCUAUGAGACCAACGUCCUCGGGUUCAAAGGUCCGAGAAAGAUGACUGUGGUCAUCCCAGGGAUGGAUGAGAACAACGAGCGAGUUCCGAUCAGAGCCCGCAAUGACAACGACGGGCUGCUCAUGCGCUUCCAGAACAGGCAGAUGGACAACCUGAUCGAGCUGCACAACAAGACGCCGGUGUGGAACGACGACACGGCGUCCUACGUGCUCAACUUCUCCGGCCGCGUCACACAGGCCUCUGUCAAGAACUUCCAGAUCGUCCACAGCAAAGACAACAGCUACAUUGUCAUGCAGUUCGGGCGUGUGGCGGACGAUGCCUUCACGUUGGACUAUAAGUACCCCAUGUGUGCAGUGCAAGCCUUCGCCCUCGCCCUGUCCAGCUUUGACGGUAAACUGGCUUGUGAAUGACCAGGGCUGGACAAGUCGGGGAAUCUUUCCAGGAAGUCUUUCCAGUGCUGCUGUUGGGUGCCGCCAUUACACCAACAGCCACGUGUAAACUAAGAGCUUUUGACAUCUUGCCGUGAAGCAUUGUGGGUCAUGGCUCUUAACAUUGCAUAAAGGGGUAAACUGCUGUCAUCUGUGACCAUGUUGUCCAGAUUUAUUCUGAGCAGUGCAGGUGUAGUUUAUUAACCACUGUCUUUAUUAUGAUGUUUUAAAUGUCAAAUAGUUUUUCUGAAGCUGGCCAUAGUGGUGUGUCAUGGUCCCUGCAAAGUUUGAAAGAGGACAGCUCGGUCUUCUGAUGGGUUCUGGGAUCUCAGAACCCAUCGGCAAUGUUUACAGGUUUUACAUUGAGGUAAAUGCUGGAUUCAUCUAAGAUGUUCGGGCUGUGUAUGCUAUUAAAAGAGCACCCCCUGCUGUUGGUGUGUUAAAGCAGCACCCUCUUCUGUGUACCUGCAGAGCCAAAAAAUGUCACUUGACUAGUGGUUUGAAUGCUCAUGAAUUUCGCGUUUGUUCAGACAUCACCAUUUUGCAAUAUUCAGUCUGUCUGCUAAAUCUGAAACUUAUCUUAACAAUCAUUGGGCGAAACUCGCCAGUUCAUGCAUCUAACACGAAUGCCACCUCCUAAAGGUAUUUCUUUAAGCCACUGCAGUGCUACUGUGGAACUGGAGUUCAUUACCAAUGUCAAAUUCUGCUCAAAAUUUUCUCAGACAGUACCUUCAAGAAUGAUCAUAAUUUGUUUGGUAAUCCUCGUCAUUUAUUUUAUUUUGAUGUAUACUUUUAUUUGACCUGUCUAUGAUCAUAUACGCAGUUUUGUAAUGUUCACAUGUGUGACUGUCCAUGUUGUGUAUAUGUUUGUGAUGCUCUUCACAUAUUCUGGUUUCUCAGUUCUGUAUGUAUGGAGGAAAAUGUAUGAAUUUAUAGCACCAGCUUAGUAAACAAUUAUAGUAAAAUCAAAAUAAUAAUACAUGCAUAGUCAUAGCAAUAUAGCCAUUGAGCUGAUGUUUCUAUCUAUAUUUUGUUGCUUUAUCCUGG